AUGGCCGCGACGUCCCAAGGGAUGUCCUGUGGCCCCGGGAGACCGCCCCCGGUUGUCCCGCGAGGAUGGUGGGAUACUCCAACGAGGCGGGGGAGUGCGUAUCGGAGCGGAUGGGCACAGCUGGGCACCGUCUGGCUAGGGCUGCUGCUGUUCCUGCUCACCGUCGCCCAUUUCGGCGGCGUAGAUGGCGAAAAAACGAAAACAUAUUACAUGGAGUCGAUCUGUAAAAAUCAUUUUCUACAGUUACUUUAUAGAAAAAUAGAUGGUGCUACGCUUCUGUCGCGGAACGAAAGGAACCUAAACUGUGUGGUCACGUUUCAAACGCACUCCAUACUGCAGAGAUUUAUGUUACGUUUCGAUAUGCUACAACUAGACUGUAACGAUCAUUUGUAUGUAUAUGACGGUGCACACGCUGUCGGUACGCAUAAGGCGGACCUGACCUGCAAGGACACAAAACAAUCAGUGGGAGCGUUGUUCACGAAGACCAACUUUCUCACCUUCAAGUACGUGACCGACAACUGGGGCACGGAGACUAACGGUUUCAAGAUGGUCAUAACAUCCGUCAAAGAUUCAAAGCUAAACUGCGCGGACUUUCGGUGUACGCAACACGAUUUCUGCAUACAUCUGGAUCUCCUGUGCGACGGUGUGAACCACUGUCCGGAUGGGUCAGAUGAGACCGUCGGUUCGACCUGCCCUGGCCCGGAUCGCUACAUCAACACGAUCUUCGGCAUCGACCUGACGUGGGUCGUGCUGAUAGGCGUCAGCAGCCUGGUCGUGUGCGGGUGCAUCAUCGGCAUCACGAUCUGCGUGUAUGUGCGCAAUGCCCGCAAUACGCCAAACCAGCUGAACUCUUCGAUACAGUUGAACCAGAUGAUAGAAUCGAACGGUUCAUCGAAGCAUCUACAAGCAACUCUGCCGCGGGAAACAACAACACUACCUGCUUCGGGAAACUUGCAUCACCCUGCGGGACCAUUAGGGUACCUCCGCAUUCCACACAAAUUGAUGGCCAAAGUCCGUCCCAUUUGGUGCCUGGAAAAUUAAGACAAUUAGGUCCGGAUUUAUCGCAACAAACCUCACAGAAAGACGAGUGGUUUGUCUGAUGGAGCGAACGACAGACAGAACGACUGCGAAUGAGUGAUAGAGCAAGUAAGCAAGUGAGAGCGAACGAGCGUGCGAAUGUGAAAGACCAUGCGCGUGAGAGAGAGAGAGAGAGAGAGAGAGAGAGAGAGAGAGAGAGAGAGAAAUAGAGCGCAUGGAAGAAAGAACUUGGAAGCGAGGAUAAAGCGAGCAAAACGACAAGAGAGAUAAAAACAACAACAACGCGCUAUAAGGCAGAGGCGAAUUCGAUGGAAAGGACUUACCGCCGGUGGCGAAAGCGAUCAAACGCUUCUUCGUGCACUAAACGCGAAACGUCACCUACACUGUCAAACGACAUCCGACCCACAGAUGUGCAGGUGACGUUUACUAAUAAUUUGACAGUGAGAACUCUCGCACACGGAUCGACUCUGGCUGCUAGCGGGAAAACAGCGUGACUACAUUGAAGAUAAUGAUGAAGAGAAAUUGUAAAGGAUCACAAACAGAAGUUAUAAUAUGCAACAACCGAGCACAGCCGGGUAGUACAACACAUAAAGCACGCACGGUGGAAUGACAUGCGAGCUAAAGCUAUAGCGAAUGAAUCCAAAACAAAACCGCACUUGAUGACAGGAAACAUUACGCAUGCUAUGUGCGCCUCUAUCUUUGCUGUUCUGGUACUUCACAAAACAAUGCAACAUGACGGGAGGGGCGUUAUAAACUGUCGAUAAAACUACACCAAUAAUAAACUGGUGGGGAUUUAUUGCUGGCUUGCCCGGUCCUGUUGCAUAUUAUGCAUUCGAUGAUAACACACACAUACACCAUCUUAACGACUACAUCACAACCACAACGCAGCAAGAAGCGAAUGAACGCAUAGAAUGAUGUUGCAAACAUGCAAAACAAUGCAAUACGCAAUGCACCUUCGCAAUGCAAAAUCGAAGUUUUUCGACGCAUGAACUGCAGUAACCACCUUACACAAGAAUCGCUACUACCACCAACAACAACAGCAACAAUAACUGAGUCAACAUCAUCACCACCACCGAGACAUGACUGAAUACCACGCAGCAAUCGACGCAAAGCAUCUCUUACAGAACAUCAUUCAUUCAAAGAACGACGCAAAACAAAAAUCACGCUAAUUGGAGAACAAUUUUUUCGGCACUAUAUGAAGACUGUCUGGUUGGUCAUCAAAAACCGCGCAGGGUGUAUAUUGAAUAAAGGGAGUAAACAGUGUACCCAAAAUAAAAAAAAAACAAACAAACAAACAAAUGCAAAGUAAAAACAAGCAAAACGAGGAGAAUGCUUAGAAGAACGAACAA